AUGGCAACCAGUGUCAAGUUUCAGGAGCUCCCGGACAUGAUGCUUCCGGCAUCUUGUCAGGCAUGCCUCUGCCUGCACUACUGCCCCUGGAUGGAAGAAUGCUGUUGCUCGCAGCCUCUUCCAAUCAGUCUAGGUUUGCAGCGAUCCAGAGAGACGCAGCUACAACCUCUCUUGGUCCAAAAGACGAAGGUUGCGAAGGCAGUUCGCAAAAUGCUUUCACAUGCAUCAGCACAUCCGGUGGCUCACAGGGCAGAUUGUGCAAGUCAGCAGAGCAUGUUGACUCGGUCCAGCAAGUGGGGCGAGCUUGAGACACUUCAAGCCAGGGUGCGAGCUGCAAGUCACCAUUUGGGUGCAACCGAUCCACAGAUCAGGCGCACCAACAAGGUGGUGUCCAAGGCAUCUUCUCUAAGGUAUUAUUGUAUGAAUUCAUAUGUGCAAAUGUCAAUGCAAUGCUUGCCGCGGGUCAUGGACGAGAUGAUCGGACGCCUCUACGACUUGCAAAAGCUGCCUCUGGGACUUGGCGUGUGGGAGGAUCCUUUCCUUUCUUGGGCUCGUGAGGCAGAGGCUGUGUGGCGAGACGAGCAGCCCAGACUCGAACUGCUUGUGAGCUUGAUAAGCAAGCCUUCACAUUACUGCAACAUGUGGGUUCAGACAGUGUUAAAUGCUGAUUCGAGAUUCCUGCGGGCAUUCAAUAGAGCAAUGACCAACGAGCUCUUGAAACUACCAGACGCAGGCUCUUUGUUGGCAAUGUCUAUUGGCGAAACACUCCAUGAAGUUCAUUUGCCCUCGGUGCGCGAAGAAAUCCGCCGCCUCGCUUCAGCACUCGGAGUCCUGGAGAGCCAAUGGCUCGAGCACGCCUUGCUUCGUCAAAUCAAGGGUAGGACGAGCCUUGAGACUGCGGCUGGCCUUGGGGACAUCCGAGCUCUGUGUGCGCUGAUAUCCGCACUUCUGAAUGAAGUCGUCAUCAUUCAACCAAAGGCUUGUGCCCAACUUGCAGGAGCAGUCCGGCACACGGAAGCCAUGUCGACUAUGCCACAGACACUGCGAGCUGUGUGCGAGCUGUGCAAGCGAAUGAUGAUUGGUGAAGAGGAGGCACGUUUCCUAAGCGUUGAGCUGCUGAGCAACGGGGGCCUGCGCAUCGGACUUCAAACACUCUGGGGUCACCCCAGCGCUCAAAGUGCUGUCGAUGCAAUUGGUGCUGGAGCUGUGAUCGAGAAGAAGAUGCCUCUCGGUGAGCUACAACGGUGGCAGUCAGGAGUGGACGCCCUGAAAGAGGUGGUAGCAUUUCCAGAUCGCUGCGAAAGAGCCUUGCAUGCUUCCCAGCACUGCGCUCUGGUGCUUCGAGAUGCCAGGAAGACGGCUUUGGAAGCAGUGAGCUCGGCAGCCACCACAUCGAGCUUGCUGGACGACUUGUUGCCGAGGCAUGUUGCACAGCACCUCAAAGUGGCAGAGCUGGAGCAACAGUACACGGCCAAAAUCAAAGUUGAAGCGGAUCUGUCCAGAAAGGCUUUGCGCGGCUCGGAGGAAGAUGAGGAAGUUCUGGAAAAGUUCCAGCAGCAGAUGAGGGAGGAGAAGCAGCUGCUGAACGAUGCCCGCCAGGUCUUUCAAGAUCUGCAGCAAAGGAUGACAUCCGCCCAAUCUCAUCUUGAAGAGGCCGUUUUGCACCUCGUGAAGUCCGCGGUCCAGUGGAAGUCUGCCAGUCUGGAGGCAGGCGAGAAGGACGCCGUGGCUACCACCACGACUGCUGCUUACCAGGAUUCAGCCUCUGGCGGGAGCUUCGCAGAUCCCGGAUGCCGCCUGCCUGCCAGGCUUCUGGACUCCCUCGGCGAGACUGCAGACCUGGAGGUGCUUGAAGCCAAUGCAUGGAACUUGGAGGCAGCGCUAAACGUCUUGACCUCGGAAUGCCAAGCAUCUUCCAGGCAAGAUGAUGCUGAAGGCUAUCGUGCCCCAAUGCGCACUGGGUACAGGGACACGCUGCUGGGUGACCCCCAACUACCAUGGUCCUUUGCAUUCGACAGUUUGAGUGCAAGUCCAGGAGUUGAGACUUCGGGUGCUUCUAACUCCGUCGACGAUUCGGAGAUGCAGCGAGUGCUCACCGCUUCACGCCACGAGCAGCAGCAACUGGACGACUUGCAGGAGCAAAACGCGUUGGCCUCUGCCAUCGAGGCUUCAUGGACUCAGUUGGAGGAGGAGGAGGCAAAGAAGCAUGCUCAAGCAAGCUUGCGCAGCGAAGAAGAGGGCCUCCUGGUCAAGGCCAUUGAGGCCUCCUACAGAGAGCAGACUCGCGGGGAUUCGAACUUCAGGGAGGAGUUGGAGAGAGCUUUGUCGCAGUCACAGACAAGUACCUCAGAUCCACCUCCGAGGCCUAAAUCAGGGCCCAGGCGUCCGGAGCCCUUGCGCCAGCCUCAAGGCUCCAGCAAAAGCUCGCCAGCGGCCCGCCCAGCUGCAUUGAAAGGGAGCAGUUUGCUGAAGCGAGCUGGUGGAGCUAUGGCAUCCGCUUCAGGUACAAAGGAGCUCACAGCCCUGCCACAGCGACCUGACAGAUCUCGGGUUGGCAAAGGCGGCAUCCGCUCUCAGCGAACAGCGGACUCUGGGGCCGCGGUUCUCAACAAUUUGAAGAGCACUUCAAGUGUGGGUGCAGCGGCUGCGGUGGCUGCGUCUCCCGCUCCGGUGGCUUCGCCCCCGUCUGCUGCAAGCGGUGCAGCAGCUUGCAUGGCCGGGGCUCUCGUUCCAGGAGAGACUAGUCAAAUGAAGGAUCGAAUCGGCUCCAUCCAGGCCGCCAAGGCUGCCGAGAGCCGACGUGAAGCACAAGUCUUUGCGGUGUCAAGCCCUGCGGAGGCCGAGAGAACAGCUGCUGUUCAAGCCCAGUGCGGGCAGCCCAACAUGAUGCAGGCGUCGCGGGAGGUGCUCUCCAGUGCGCUAGCAUCCCUCCACCGACGGCAUUUUGAGGCAAGCCCAACAGAACUUGGAAGCUGCCUGAAAGCUUUGAAAGUCUACGUGGGGAACUUGGCCUCCAGCCCGCAGGAGAUGAAGUUCCAGCGCAUCAACAAAGACAACAGGGCUUUUUGCUCUCGCGUGUCUUCCUUGCAGGGUGCAGUGGAGGUUCUGCAGGCCUGCGGUUUCAGAGAUCAGGGCGACUGCUGGGUUGUCGACCCUGUCUACAUGAAGCAGAAAGGGUCAGCGCUAUUCGAUGCUCUUGCAAAGAUUGAGGUGCUUCUUCAUCAUGUCGAAGCGCAGUCAGCCAAGUCAUAA